CAUUUCUCCCAUCCCUCCAUCUUCCUCCAUCCCUUUAUCCCCCAUCCUUCCACCUCCUUCCCAUCCCUCUACCUUCCCUCCCAUCCCCAUCCUCCGUCUCUCUCUCCGCCUCACCCCGCUCCCUCCUCCUCCUCCUCCCCCCGGCGCGCCUCCUCCUCCUCCUCCCCCGCCCGGUACCGCAUUGCCGUAGUGCGGGGGGGCCGCUGCAUUGCGCUGCCGCCGUCAAUAGGUGGGCCCCUCCCGGGGAGAUAAAGCCGCCGGAGCCCAAGCUGGCAGCCUCUGCCGCCCCGACCGCCGCUCCGCCUCCCAAACCCCACAACUGCAUUCCCAUCGCCGCCUGCCCCAGCCAGCCCCACGUAGCCCAGCAGCAUGGGGAAGGAGAAGACGCACAUCAACAUCGUCGUCAUUGGGCAUGUGGACUCUGGGAAAUCCACCACCACCGGGCACCUCAUCUACAAAUGCGGGGGCAUUGACAAAAGGACCAUUGAGAAAUUCGAGAAGGAAGCUGCUGAGAUGGGGAAGGGGUCCUUCAAAUACGCCUGGGUGCUGGACAAGCUGAAGGCCGAGCGUGAGCGUGGCAUCACCAUUGACAUCUCGCUGUGGAAGUUCGAGACCACCAAGUACUACAUCACCAUCAUUGAUGCUCCUGGCCACAGGGACUUCAUCAAGAACAUGAUCACCGGCACCUCCCAGGCUGACUGCGCUGUCCUGAUCGUCGCUGCCGGUGUGGGUGAGUUUGAAGCUGGUAUCUCCAAGAACGGGCAGACCCGUGAGCACGCUCUGCUGGCCUACACCCUGGGGGUGAAGCAGCUCAUCGUGGGCAUCAACAAGAUGGAUUCCACGGAGCCCCCAUACAGUGAGAAGCGCUACGAUGAGAUCGUCAAGGAGGUCAGCGCCUACAUCAAGAAGAUCGGCUACAACCCAGCCACAGUUCCCUUCGUGCCCAUCUCGGGCUGGCAUGGAGACAACAUGCUGGAGCCUUCUCCCAAUAUGCCUUGGUUCAAAGGCUGGAAGGUGGAGCGCAAGGAAGGCAAUGCCAGUGGGGUGUCCCUCUUGGAGGCCCUGGACACCAUCCUGCCCCCAACCCGCCCCACAGAUAAACCCCUGCGUCUGCCCCUCCAGGAUGUCUACAAGAUUGGAGGUAUUGGCACAGUCCCCGUGGGCCGAGUGGAGACCGGCAUCCUGCGGCCCGGCAUGGUGGUGACCUUCGCGCCCGUGAACAUCACCACCGAGGUGAAGUCGGUGGAGAUGCACCACGAGGCCCUGAGCGAGGCUCUGCCUGGGGACAACGUUGGCUUCAACGUGAAGAACGUCUCCGUCAAGGACAUCCGCCGCGGGAACGUGUGUGGGGACAGCAAAUCGGACCCCCCGCAAGAGGCAGCGCAGUUCACAUCUCAGGUGAUCAUCCUGAACCACCCUGGCCAGAUCAGCGCCGGGUACUCGCCCGUCAUUGACUGCCACACUGCUCACAUCGCCUGCAAGUUCGCUGAGCUGAAGGAGAAGAUCGACCGGCGCUCGGGCAAGAAGCUGGAGGAUAACCCCAAGUCCCUGAAAUCGGGUGAUGCGGCCAUUGUGGAGAUGAUUCCCGGCAAGCCCAUGUGUGUGGAGAGCUUCUCCCAGUACCCACCCCUUGGCCGCUUCGCUGUCCGUGACAUGCGGCAGACCGUGGCUGUGGGAGUCAUCAAGAACGUGGAGAAGAAGAGCGGUGGGGCCGGGAAAGUCACCAAGUCUGCCCAGAAGGCCCAGAAGGCUGGAAAAUGAAUCGUGGGCUCCCAGUGCAUCGCGCAGAAACCAUCCCUGACACCAGGACGCUGCCACCGUCUCCCCCGGGCGCACGUGUGCACAUCAGCUUGUAAGAGUUUAUAUGUCAACGACUGGAUGCUCACCAUUAAGGUCCAGUGGAAAUUCUUUAAAAGGAAAAGCAUGUUCCAGCGUUUGUGAGGCUUCAUGUUAAUUUUACCAAUAAAACUGGUACAACAUCCACA